CGGAUUUAUUCUUCACUUUUUCAUCCGAUGUGUGAACGCGUCUGUUUCGGAUACUGUCAUCCAUUCCUUGUGCCGACCACACUAAAAACAGCGGCAUAAUGGAGCACAUCCGCACGCCAAAGGUAGAGCAAGUGAAGUUGCUGGAUCGCUUUAGCAACAAGUCAGUCACAGGAACGCUGCAUCUGACAGCCACACAUCUGAUCUUCGUGGAGAGUAAUUCAACCAGCUCCCAGGAGAUAUGGAUCCUGCAUCACCACAUCGCCUCUGUGGAGAAGCUGUCCCUCACAACCACUGGCUGCCCGCUCCUCAUUCAGUGCCGAAAUUUCCGAGUGGUCCACUUUGUGAUUCCCAGAGAGCGGGACUGCCACGACAUCUACAGCUCUUUGCUUAGGCUACUGAGACCGGUGUCCUAUGACGAGCUGUACGCUUUCUCCUACAACCCAAAGCAGAACGACCAGCAGAGAGAGGAGGGCUGGCAGCUCAUAGACCUCGCGGCCGAGUUUGAGCGGAUGGGUGUGCCAUGUGACCAGUGGCAGCUGACAGAUGUUAACAGGAACUACAAGGUGUGUGAGACAUAUCCCAGAGACUUAUACGUCCCAAUUACAGCCAGUAAACCCAUCAUAGUUGGCAGCUCCAAAUUCAGAAGCAAAGGCCGCUUUCCUGUCCUGACCUAUUUCUACCAGGAGAAGAAGGCAGCAGUGUGUCGGUGUAGUCAGCCUCUUUCUGGCUUCAGCGCUCGCUGUUUGGAAGACGAGCACAUGCUUCAGGCCAUUAGCAAAGCCAAUCACAACAGCCGAUAUAUAUACGUGAUGGACACGCGACCUAAGUUGAACGCAUUAGCGAAUCGUGCAGCAGGGAAAGGAUAUGAGAAUGAGGACAACUACUCCAAUAUCCGCUUCCAGUUUGUGGGCAUUGAGAACAUCCAUGUGAUGAGAGGAAGUUUGCAGAAGCUUCUAGAAGUGGUGGGAACACGCUCCCUUUCCAUGACUGAUUAUCUGGUUGGACUGGAAAACAGUGGAUGGUUGCGUCACAUCAAAGCCAUCAUGGACGCAGCUAUAUUUCUUGCCAAAGCUGUGAGUGUGGAGGGCGCCAGUGUCCUCGUGCACUGCUCUGAUGGAUGGGAUCGGACGGCUCAGGUCUGCGCUCUAGGCUCUCUGCUGAUGGAUCCAUACUAUCGCACCAUCAAAGGUUUCAUGGUACUCAUUGAAAAGGACUGGAUUUCCUUUGGACACAAGUUCGCAGACAGGUGUGAUCAGCUGGACCCCGAUCCUAAGGAAGUAUCCCCCAUAUUCACACAAUUCCUGGAGUGUGUUUGGCAGCUGACGGAACAGUUUCCUCAGGCUUUUGAGUUUAGCGAGUGGUUUCUCAUUCAGAUCCAUGAGCACAUCCAUUCCUGCCAGUUUGGCAACUUCCUGGGGAACAGCCAGCGGCAGAGGGAAGACCUUCAGUUGAAGGAGAGGACGUAUUCAUUGUGGGCUCACCUUCUGAAUGAAAAGCAGAACUACUUGAACCCCGUGUACAGCCCAAGCUUUGCAGAAUCACACCCCGUUUUGGAACCAUCCACCCAGGCCUACCACUUCAAGUUCUGGAGGAACAUGUACCAUCAGUAUGACCGCUCCCUGCACCCUCGGCAGUCCAUUCUCAAAAACGUUCUUACCUUGAAGGAAAGCAACCGAGAGCUCGAGGGCACAGUUCAAGCCCUGAAGACUAAGCUGCAGAAUUUAGGUGUGAGCACGUCUCCACUGAAGUCCCAUACACCCCCGAGAGAGCGCAGCCUCCCUUCCCGACCUCGCUCUCUCAUCCUGGGCGCUCCUCUUCUUGGCCGGAAGGAUGUGCAGCAGGACGAGGAUGAGAUGUUUGCAGAGGAGGCCAGAGAGGAUCAACCAGCCCGCACCGGAAGAGAACGGACUGUAGAGGGCAGCAGCGCCACAGAGAACGCUUACACAGAGCUGCCGGGAUCAUUCGGCUCCAGGAACGAACCAGCUGUUGUCACGCUGGAGUUCGGGGUCGCCAGAAUGACCUGCUAAAGACACGACACACAAGCUCAUUUUUUUCAGAUACGAGGAUUCCAGGUGGACUGGAGACGAUUAAGAUUUGUAUAUUCUGUAGUGAGAAAGAGGAGGACGUUUGUUUGUGUAUGUGUGUAAUGUGUGUGUGCUGGUUUUGGUGGUUUUUAAGGACACAGAUUUGUUUAAUGACAUGGGUAUUAUAAUGUUUAUAUGGUUUUUGAGGACGUGCAUUCUGUCCUCGUAAUUCAAAACUGUUAAAUAAUUAUACUUAGUAAGAUUUAUUUACAUUAAAAAAUUGAGGGUUGGGUUUAGAGGUAGGGUAAGGCCAUAUAAUAAGCUCGUUUUUUACAGUAUAAGAUAUAUUACAUCUAUGGAGAGUCCUCGUAAACCACCAAAACCAAUGUGUGUGUGAGCUGCUGAUGUGAUUGCAUUGCACUCAUGUACAGUAGAUGAAGAGAUCAAUUCAGAGGUGGAUCCUUUAAUGUAAAUUCAUUGUUAUAUCUGUCGAUUUAAAUGCCAUUUCGGUCAUCAUCUACAGCUUGUUUAUUUUGUUUCGUUCGCCCGUUUUUUAAAGGAUGCCUAUAGCACUAAAAAGAAAAGAUUAAAUGAAGAGCUGAUGGA